GCAAGAAUACUGGAGUGGGUUGCCAGUUCCUCCUCCACCGGAUCUUCCCGACCCAGGAAUUGAACUCACAACUUUGGUGUCUCCUGCACUGGCAAGUAGAUUCUUUACUACUGAGCCACCUUGGAAGCCCAAGGUAUUAUUGAGCCUGCACCAGUCUGCUGAAAGAUGGGAGUCCGCAUGGAGAGGAGCCCAGCUGCCCAGCAAUGGACAGGCCACACCAGCGGCCAGCCAGCCACCUCCCACACCUGUUGGGGGAGUCAACCAAGAUGAUAGGAGCUGUCUCCCUGGUGCUUGA